AUGGUGAUGAUGGGUGGUUGCAGUGGCAGGUGGUGUGGGGGUGGUGGUGGCGUGGGGUGGGUUAUGGCUGUGGCAGAUGGUGCGGGUGUGGGUGGGUGGUGGUGGGUGGUAGAUGGUGACGGUGGGUUGUGGCAAGAAGGUUGGCCGGAAUUUGUUUCUGGAAAAGUACACUCACCUGAAUAUUCCCUUAGUGAGCAGGGUUAUAUUGGAAAACAUACGCCGCACAAAUACACAAACAAGCAGCGAACACUCGAACAGCAGCAGCGAACAGCAUUAUCUCCGCCACCAGUCCGCCUCUGGCCUCCGGCCUCCGCCCUCCUCCGCCUCCGGCUGCUCCGCCGCCUCCGCCUCCGGCUCCGGCUCCUGAUUAUGAUCAUCUCAGCAUUAUCAGUUAUGCAGAAGAAUAUUUCAAGUUUCUUUCAAAGGCAACCACCACCUAACAUUGAAUCGUCAUCUUCAACUAGUAAACCCUUGAAAAUCGUUUUGGAUGAUCUUCCGUGGGAUCCUUCCGAAAGGAAACCAAUUUCAUCUUAUCACCCUAGUCAAAAAGAUGAAAUUAGACGAACAUAUUUGCUUCGAGGUCCAUGUCAACCGAAAGGGAAAAAAACAGAUUUUCCACAAACACUUAUUGGUAAUAGUGAUAAGUUAAGACGGUUCAAUCCAAAAUGGUACACAGAAAAGCAUGGAAAUUGGUUGGAAUAUAGUGUCAAAGCGGAUAAAGUGUAUUGCUUAUAUUGUUACUUAUUCAAAGAAAGUGGACAAAAAGAUGCAUUUGCGAGUGAGGGGGUACAAUGUUGGCAUAGGAAAGAAGAAAGAUUCGAAAUUCAUGUUGGUAAAAGCAAUAGUUUUCACAACAGGGCGGUUCAAAAAGGAGAAGACUUACUUAAAGAAGCCCAAUCUAUACCAGCGGUUCAAAAAAAACCCGAGCAAAACAAAGAAUAUAGAAUCCGAUUAAGUACUUCGGUUAUACUCGCUAAAGGAUUGUUGAAUGGCGGAUUACCUUUUCGGGGUCAUGAUGAAUCUGAAGCAUCCUUAUAUAGAGGACAUUUCAUAGAGUUUUUAAAAUUGUUCGCACAAACAAAUGAAGAAAUUGCAAAGUAUAUAUUAAGUAAUGCUCCGAAGAAUUGCCAAAUGACGGCUCCAUCAAUACAAAAAGACAUUUGUAAUUGUUUUGCAGAAGAAGUGUUAAAGAUGAUAUUUGAAGAGCUUGGUGAUGAUGUCUUUUCUUUAUUAGUUGAUGAAUCGAGGGAUAUUUCUAAAAAGGAACAAAUGGCCGUGGUUUUGAGAUUUGUUGAUAAAUUAGGAUUUGUGAAGGAGCGAUAUAUUGAUGUAGUUCAUGUUAUGGAAACAACCGCUUUAUCUCUUAAAUCUGCAAUUGAUGAAUUAUUUGCUCACCGCAAUUUAAAUUUGGGUAGGGUUAGAGGCCAAGGAUAUGACGGUGCAAGCAACAUGUCCGGUGAGUUUAAUGGUUUGAAAACUUUGAUUUUGAAAGAAAAUUCUUCGGCAUAUUAUGUUCAUUGUUUUGCCCACCAACUUCAACUUGUUGUUGUGGCCCUUGCAAACAAGCAUCUUGAAAUUUGUAGAUUUUUUAAGGAAAUAACAGAUUUAAUAAAUGUUGUUGGUGCAUCGUGCAAACGAAUAGAUUUGCUAAGAGAAAGUCAAAGAGAGCUUUUGGCAUUGAAUCCGGAAGUUGUAAUCGGAAGUGGAAAUAAUCAAGAAAUGGCACUUACAAGACCCGGAGAUACACAUUGGAGCUCUCACGAAAAAACACUUCUUCGUUUGCUUACCUUAUAUCCUUGUGUUAUUGAAGUGCUUGAAUAUAUAGAAACUUCGGCAUGGGAACCAAUUCACAAAACUCAAGCAAAUGGACUUCAAUUAUACAUGAAAAGUUUCAAGUUUGUAUUUUAUUUACAUUUGAUGAAACAUAUCUUGGGAGUUACUAACUUAUUGUGUGUCGCUCUUCAAAGAAAGAAUCAAGAUAUUUUGAAUGCAGUUGAGUUGGUUAGAUCAACCAAAGAAGAAUUACAAAGGUAUCGACUUGAAGGCUUUGACUCACUUUUAAAAGAUGUCACAUCCUUUUGUGACAAGUAUGAUAUUGAGAUGAUUAACAUGGAAGAUGAGUAUGUUGACCCGAAAAACAGAAGAAGAAAGACCAAUAUCACCAAUCGUCAUCAUUUUGUGGUCAAUAAUUUCAACACGGUUCUCGACAUGCAAAUUCAAGAGCUUGGAAACCGUUUUAACGAGGUAACCACUAACUUGCUUACGUGUAUGAGUUCUUUGAGCCCGCGUGAUAAUUUUAGUUCCUUUAAUAAACUAAACUUGCUAAAGUUGGCCGAAAUGUAUCCGUAUAAUUUUACUUUUGAUGAAAAAGAUAAGCUUAUCGAUGAACUCGGCCACUACAUUUCUAAUAUGAAAAGAGAUAGUCAGUUUGAUAACCUGAAUGGGGUUAGUGAUCUUGCCAAAAGGAUGGUGGAAACAAGGAAACACAUUGAGUAUCAAUUGGUCUAUCGUUUAAUAAAGUUGUCACUAGUUUUACCGGUUGCAACGGCUAGUGUUGAAAGGAGUUUUUCUUCAAUGAAGCUUGUGAAGACAGAAUUGCGUAAUAGGAUGGGUGAUGGAUACAUGAACGAUUCUUGCAUUUGUUACAUUGAAAAGGAGUUCUUACAACAAGUUUCCGUUGAGAGUGUAAUGCAACGUUUUCAAAAGAUGAAAACCCGUCGUCAACAACUUUAG